AUGACCCUGCAGACAAGGCUGGCGACAAAUGUCUGCAGACUGCGGCUGACCAUACCCCCCGAGAGUCCAACCUCAGAGUCAGGUGAAAAGAAGGUUGAAAGAAAAGAACAAGUCAGUUCAUCAGUGGAUGCAAAGGCUAGUUGGUGGAAGGUUAUCAUGGAACGGUGUUUUCACAUGCUCCCAGAGGAUCCCCUCACACGUUACCUCCUGGCCCCGAAGGUCCAGUGGUACAGUCUGGCAGCCAGCAUUUCAGCCAAAGCUCCAGUGAGAGCCACUUUGGAAAAAGUAAGGAAGCGAAUGUAUGGAGACUAUGACGAAAUGAGACAGAAGAUUCGACAGCUCACCCAGGAAUUGUCAGCUUCCCAGGCUCGGCAGGAGUAUCUCGAGAAUCACAUCCAGACGCAGUCGUCGGCCCUGGACAGUUUUAAUGCCACGAACUCAGCCUUAACGUCGGACUCCAUCGGCCUGCAGAAAACCCUGGUGGAUGUUACUUUGGAAAAUAGCAGCAUUAAGGAUCAAAUGAGAGAUCUGCAGCAGACCUACGAAGCAUCCAUGGGCCAGCUGCAGGAAAAGCAGAGGCAGCUGGAGGUGGCGGAAGUUGAAAACCAGCUGCUGAAAAUGAAGGUGCAAUCCUCCCAGGAAGCCAACGCGGAGGUGAUGAGGGAGAUGACCAAGAGGCUGUACAACUGGUACGAAGAAAAGCUGCAGGAAGAGCGGCAGAACCACAGCGCCGAGAAGGAGGCUCUCCUGGAAGAAACCAAGAAUUUUCUGAAAGCUAUUGAAGAAGCCAAUAAAAAGAUGGAAGCGGCGGAGAUCAGCCUCGAGGAGAAGGACCAGAGGAUCGGAGAGCUGGACAGGCUGAUUGAGCGCAUGGAAAAGGAACGUCAUCAGCUGCAACUCCAGCUCCUGGACCAUGAAACAGAAAUGUCAGGGGAGAUCAUGGAUUCUGACAAGGAAAGGUAUCAGCAGCUGGAGGAGGCGUCUGCCAGCCUCCGGGAACGGAUCCGGCACCUCGACGACAUGGUGCAUUGCCAGCAGAAGAAAGUCAAGCAGAUGGUUGAGGAGGUAAGCCCCUGUGAAGGGUCACGGGCCAGGAUGGCUGCCUGUCGUGGGGACAUGUCAGCCCGAGAGCCAGCUCUGACUCUCAGCUCAGUUUUCCGUGGCUCACGAGUGAACGUACUCAGGCCACUGUCUUCAUGACCCAGAGGGAAAUUU